AUGGAUAUCGAGCAGCGAAAAGGCCCUCUCAACGAGCUCGCUCAGCGUAUCACUAGUAUCACAACCCGGGUUAUCCCCGACGACGAAGGAAUUGAGCUCCGAUUCAUCAACCAGCAGACCUCGGAUGAAAUGACGAAACCGUCUAUGCAGAUGAUUGACAGCAUCAUAAAAAAGGUUUCUUUUGAUGGGUGGACGGAGAUUGGUACCAAUCUCAGAAAGAAGGUUUUGGAGGGUAGUGUUUAUGAACAACUUGAGAACGAUGGGUUGAAGCGCCUUGUGUUGGUUUCCAUCGUCACAGAUGGCAGACCAAUCGGGCCACACGGCUCGCCUGAAAGAGUCAAUACCCUCAAGGACGUCAUUCGCGAAUGUGGGGAGACACUAAAAGCCAAACAGUACGACCGAAAUGCCGUGCGGUUUCAACUCAGUCAGAUUGGAGACGAUCCAGCAGCAGAAGAAUUCCUCAAACAAUUGGAAGAUGACCAUGAGCUUGAUGAUGUUCUUUAUAUUACCAGCGAACGGUUGGACAAGGGCUUCAGAAAGCUUCACGAGAAUGGCAACAGAUUUGAGCAGUGGCUCCUGAAGCUCCUGUUGGCCCCGAUUGUUGAUGCACAGGCAUUCUAA